CCAUCAUCCGUCUACAUCCUCUCCUCGGAAGCACUUCCCCUGAAAUUGCUGGGAUGAGGCGUUCACGGCUGUGGGAUGAAUGAAAGUCUCAAGGGAUUUCGGCUUGCCUGCUAGAUUCAGUUGCAUCCUGUAACUAGAGAGCUUGUUAGUCCUCCUGAGCACUCCGUGGUUUUUAGUCCGUCGAACUUCGAUCUUUCCUGCGUAUCAUGGCGGGGUACGUUAGUCUCCGCGGUUCCGACGACCCGCAAGAUGAGGGUCUGCUGGGCGGCACGAGCAGCCACGCGGGCGAGGACUGGAAGGUCCGUCUCGCCACGAUGGGAAAGAAGAUGGGCGAAUCGAUGACGGCCGUCGGCGGGAAACUGACAGAAUCCAUGACGGAAAUCGGCGGCAAGAUGAAAAACAUCUUCCACACUCCUACCCUCGCGGACCGUCUAGUCGAAGAAGCAACGGACGAGAUCUUAAUCUCGCCCGACUGGGGCCGAAACCUCUUAAUCUGCGACCUGGUCAACUCGGGGAAGCUCCAGGGCGGCGAGACGGUGCGCGCGAUUAAGAAGCAGCUGGCGUCGCGGAACUCGCACGUGCAGAUGCUGGCCUUAGCGCUACUCGAGAUGGGCGUGAAGAACUGCUCGUCGCUCUUCUCCGACGUGGCGAACGAACGCGUGCUGGACGACAUGGUGCGCGUGGUGGACGAGCCGGGCAGCGCGGCGCAGCUGCGGGAGAAGGUGCUCAAGAUGAUCGAGGCGUGGGGCGAGGCCACGGAGGAGCUCCGGUACCUGCCUGUCUUUGAAGAGACGUACAAGAGUCUCAAGAUGCGGGGGGUGGUCUUCCCGCCCCGUGACGCCGAAUCUCUCGCGCCCAUCUUCACUCCUCCGGCCAGUGUGCCGCCCGCGGCCGUGCAAGCCGCCCACGCGCUUCUGGAGUCCGUGGAGGGGCAGCUGGCCAGUGAGGUGGCGCCACCUGGCGUGUCCAUGGUGCCAAGACCCGAGGGCGGGCACAUGGUGGUGUUCGACAGCAAGGAGAUCUUCGAGAUCUCGAGGAACAGCGUGGAGCUGCUGGGUACUGUGCUGUCGUCCGCACCACCUGAACAAGUGCUCACGGAUGAAGUCGUGCCAGCACUCGCAGCGCAGUGCCGGGCGGCCAAGAGCAGUCUGCUGCGGCUGAUAGAGCACGAGAACAGCGCCACAGAGGCGCCCAGCGAGACGCUGCUGUUUGAGGCGCUGAGCCUCAACGACGACGUGGAUAAGGUGCUCGAGAAGCUCGCCGAGCUGCGCAAACAGGGCUCCCCUAAUGCUGCUAGUGGUGGUGCUGGAACAGGAGCAGGAGCAGGAGAAGGACAAGGAGCAGUGGAGCAACCAGCUGGUGCAGCGGCCACAGCAGUGCCGCCGGUUGUGCCUCCCCCAGCUGCUGCCUUCCUGUCGAUGGAUGAGGAGGAGGAGGGCGGGGCAGGAGGGCUGGUGCGGAACCGGGGAGGGGCGAACCAGAGAGGAGCGGCGGGGGUGAUGAGUGAGGAGGAGCGGGAGUUGGCUGAGCUGGAUGAGAUGGUGUUUGGACGGAAGGAGGGAGGGGGAGGAGGGAGUGCGGGUGCUGGUGGAGGUGCAGGGAGCACGCAGAGCGGGGCAACCAAAAAGGAUGAGGAUGACUUGAUUGUGUUCUGAUGUGAACGGCUGCGUUGGGUGGGAUGGAUGAGAUGGUGUUCGGGCGGCGAGAGGGAGGGCGGGGAGGGAGUGGUGCUGGUGCUGGUGGGGCGCCCAAGAAAGAGGACUACUUGAUUGCGUUCUGAUGUGCUGGGUUGAUUCAAUCAAAGGGAGGGGACUAGCUGAGCUGGUUGAGCUGGAUGACAUGAUAUUUCGGGGGAAGAGUGGGAGAGAUUGUGACGUGGUGAUGGGUCAAGCAAGCCUCAUUAGUGGUUGGCGUGGUAUGAUCAAGGAUAAAGUUGCCUCUUAAGGUACGUUAACUAAUGCUUCGGUUGGGAGUCAGACAUUUGGUUACAUCAGCAUAAUGGCUGGUAGGAACUCACACCGCCAGGUUUUCUGUCGCGUACGUUACCCAUAUUGAGGGUGACGUUUUUGCAGCUACGGUCGGCAUUGUUCCUAUCUUGGGGAGUUGACUGGACUGCAAACGUCACGAGGCUGUGACACGCAAACGCACUGGCCGGUCAAGCUCCUGACAACUCAAAACAGGAUCUCGCCCGUUACGACCAUAAUAAUAAAAAUCUUGAAACCAACAAGAUCUUCUAAGAGUAGCGGAGUGAACUAGCAACGAGGGUACAGGGUGGUUUUGACCUAAUGAGCUGUACUCUCUAAGGCAUGCCCAUAUCUAG